AUGGAGAAGAAAUACAUCUGCCCUCGGUGCAACCAAGAGGUCAAUUCUCAAGAAAGGAGCGAACACGACGACAGGCAUUUCGCAGAGGAUCUGGACAACGAAACCAAUGGCGCGCAAGCAACUCCGACUCCCGUGUCACCUACAAUGACGGACAGGAAACGCAGCAGCGCAUCACCGACGAAAACGAAUCUGCAUCCGGUCGAUAGUCAUCGCCAAACGACAAGGUCCUCUAGUCAUGCGACAACAAAUGACCGCCAUGUGGCUUAUGUCAAUGCCGUCGACAGAGCAGCAAACUUGCGGGCUCAGAGCGAGCGGGAGAUGCAAAAUGCCCUCCAGACCAUUCAAUUGCAAUACCGUAUUUACAACACAGAGAUAGAACCGGAGCACGACAGCGACUAUCCCUGUAGCUGUUCCAUCCAUCAAUACCAACGCAUGAAGCGCAGUCGUCGGCCUGUGCUGACCCAAUGGUCAGAAGCAGUCAUGUAUCCCGGCGAGAAGAUGUACCACGACUUGGCGCCCCAAACCACUAUCUUCAGUGGCAAUCCUUAUCAGCUUCGUGUGACCUCGCCGUAUGGCUAUGGCGGUACUGCAUGGACGAGGUCGCAUCCUCGCCCGAGCUACCAUGUCAAAUUCAUACACCAAACCAUUCAGCUGAACAAUCAGCUGAACCAUGAAGCUCAAGUGAAGGUCGAUGCGAUGGAGCCAAGGCACAGCAUCUGGGAUGACAAGACACCCGACAGCGUGAUGUCCGACUCGUCGGUCGCCGCGGAGAAGGGCGAGCCUCCAAAGUACGAGGUCGAUGCCAAAAGUUACCCAGCAGAGAAAUCAGCACCAACUCAAUCAUCGUCGAGACCCAAUGGCCCACCUGAGCGCAGUAGCACUUCCCGCUUCUCCGCCUUCAGAAAAGCCGUGGGCAUCAAGUCGUCAGACGAGAGAGCGACGGCCAAAUCAGAAAAGGCCAUCAACCAAGGCGUCGAAUUGCGACACAGCAUCCUGGCAGAAGAAGCAGGCCGCUGGCCAGAUGAGGAAACCAAACAUAUCGUGGCGCUCUACCAGGACAAAGUCGGCAUGGAACGCAAGAUCGCUCAUCUCCGUGCCCACCAGCCUUUGCAGUAUCUCCAUUUGCUGCGAGCAGGAUAUUUCGAGCCCAUACCAUUUGCCUGGGCUGAUCAAGCUAGCAGUAUGCUUACAUUCAACAUCGAGGCUGCUGGUGGCUGGCGAGGCAUAACACCUCAAUGGCGAGGAUACGAAGACACUGCUGAAGAACGAUUGUACUGGGUCUUGAAUCACCGAGAAGGUCCUGCUGGUGUUGUACGCAUGAAGCCAGACUUCAUCUCUGAGAUGAACAUGGCUCGCGAUCGCAUGGCGAAAGCUGUGGAGCCGCCGCCGGACUACUACUCUGCGGACGAUACUUGUCAUCUUCAGCACACUUCCAAAGGAUACUCGAAGCAAGUCAUGCCGACACCAUUCAGGUCGAGCGAUAGGCCGGAAGUGCCGACUGAUGAUACCAUGAUACUGCUCGAUAUAUCUGGAUCCAUGGACUUUGAUCCAAUCCGCCCAGUUACAGCNUACGAUCAAUACCUUAUAACUGGAUACGCACCAUCCACUCAGCCCAAGAACAAAGGUAUGUCGUGUCGCAUAUAUCUCCUCAUUCGCACUCGCAACAUGCUGAUCUUUCCACCCGACCANGAUGUCGCAAAAGCCAUCAUUCGCCGCUUCAUCGACGCAAUGGCAAACCACGAUCACGAGUUCAACGGCUACGACCUCAUCACCUUCUCCAGCCACGCCAAAUUCGUCGGCACAAUAUCUCACACCAGCCUCGACAAGACGUGGAACAGAAUCUCCAUCGGCGGCGGCACCCGUGUCAUGACGGGCUGGCAGAAAGUCAAGCAGCGCCACUUCGAGAAGCACUCCGAGUCGGCGACCUACCACCCUGUGUAUGGAUGGCAAGCAGGUCCGCGAACACCCAUGUUGCGUCUGCUGCUGCUUCUCGAUGGCGAAGCGACCGAUAUGGAUGAGUUUGAACUUGAACUUCUGGGCCUGUCGUGGGCGCAUGUGACGAUCUUUUUGAUUGGCGUGGAUGGGUGUCCGCAUCAUCAUCGACAUGCGAAUGAGCUACAGAGAAUCAGUGAUGUGAAUCAUCACGUUUCGUUUGUAGAUGCGCAAGGCAAUACUCCCGAGAGGUUUGUGACGCAUGAGCUGCUCAAGAGGCAUUUGGGCUAUGAUGUUUCGAUGCAGGAGUUCCGCGAAUUGGAAGAGUUGCCUCCGUACGUCGAGUAA